CCGGGAUUAGCCCACUCGGGAUUGGUCGUGUCGGGACCUUAAAUUCAACGCCCCGGCGCUCGAUUCAUGCGAAGUCAUCGUCUGACUUGCCCACCCUUCCCCCCUGGUCUUUGCGGGGGAUAUCCUUAGCACGAUUCCCUGGGCGCGAUCCGAAAUUAGGGUUUGUAGGGGCUAUUGACUGCGACUCAGACGGUUUAGAUCUGAUGGACACGGGAAAAUCUUUAAGCGUGGGGUUAAACAUUCUUGGUCCUCCGCGUGAACCGAGCCGGGGGCGCUCGGGCGAGGGGGGCAGACUCCGGGCUCGUCGCGUCGCUUAACCUACAUGGCACAGGCCGGGGGGUUAGCUAGCCACCGGGGGGUUGGAUAUAUCGCCGGCCUAAAUUAGGAGGUUUGCAGGGAGCCGAGAAUAUUCGCGGCUGGAGGGGCUACAGGGCUCCCACAAUCUGCAGUUGUGCGAAUUCUUUGUCCUCGUCCUCGUUCCACAAUUCUCCUCUUCGACCCGCGAUCCGGAAUGUUGCGAAGAAUCAAAUCAGCGUGAAUCCCAUGAGAGGCGGGCAGGCCCCGUUUCUCUUCCCAUCCUGCGACGGACGGAACUCUGCUGGCUCCUUGGGUUUGUUGAUCUCGAAUAUCAUCCACACACUUGGCUCGAGUGCUCAACAUUCUCCUUCGGAUCUCGACUCAUUAAUGGGUGAUCAACCUCCGUGGACGAUCGACACUUCACGUCCUUUUCUGCAUCAAAGCGGCUCUAGGCGGAAUUUGCAGCCCUUUCUAAGGCUUAGCCUUCGAAAAGGCGAUCUCGUUCGCCGUAACGACAUUUGCUUCGGGCGGGCUUUCGAUCGCAGACCGCUGCUGCUGCUCUUCACUCUCGGGCUCGAGUGAGAUGCGCUUUUCAUUAUGCCGAGGCUUGCGAUUUUAAUUUUCUGUCCCUUCGUGGCCCGUGAAGAGCUGGCGAAAUUCUCUGUGCAUGCUCGUUAUUGAAUCAAACGUCAUGAGCCUGCCUGCAAAUAGUGAGAGAAUUUCUGUUUCGCUCGGGUGAGCAGGUCGGGUCACUUACCAACUGGGCGCUUAGAUUAGAUUCCGAGCGAAUUAGGUCACCUGAACUAAUGACAUUUGGGGAUUUAUGCAAAGCUCCGCUCCAUCACGAGAAUCCGAGAUAUAACGACUCCCAUAAAUGACCGACUGAUCAUUCCCGAUGGCCAUUUCGCCGAAUAUAAUAUGGCAGAAUUGAAUAUUGUCAAUCCGAUAAUUAGGCGCUGCGUCGAGACAGAGAGAGAGUCUGGGGCGGGCACUGCAUACCCAACACCAAUUACACUGAUGCACUGUUCAAACAGAACUUCGACGUCAUGCACACAAAUUCAUGUGCAAGGCCCUCACCGCGCUUGCAUCCUCACCACUGCUUCAAGUAUGAUAAAAUAUAGUGUGCUGAUCAACCUUGAUGAUUCAUCGUGGUAAUCUUAUUGCAGUGAGCUGCUGUGAGAUACCCAUUUUGCUGCCGAGCUCUUUUCCUCGAAGCAAUACAAAAGGUGAAAAAUGCGCCCUUUCUCAUCCGAUUUGUGUGGGCCAGAUUUGAAACUUACCGGCCUCAAAUCUUUCGGCCUGUCGUGAACUCAGCUCGGCUCGGGUGUCAGCAGAACCCCAAGCCGAGCGCUCCGUCGGAUAUUUUCCCCCGCCAGAUCUCGCCCACAUUUUGCCCGAAUCGCUGUGCGACUCGGACGGAAGGAAGGAAGGAAUUGACCACGAGAGGGCGGUACACCUGUUCGCGCUCGCUCGCGUUCACAGUGCAGGCUGUACGCAGCGAGAGCUUCGCGGUGAGUCAGGGGGACUUUAUUUAUUCCUGAGCCUGCGCCCCCUUGAAGUUGACGAUCGAUCGAUGAUGAUCUGGACGAGCAGCAUUGACCUUUCGAUCAGGUGCUUCUCUGACAUGUCAACAGAUCCCAAACGCAGACGAUGCACAAUCCGAACAACCUUCUCCCCUCCCACAAGUGGCACGUACCAUGACCCUCGACCGACGACGUACGACUCUUGCAGAUGCAGAUGCAGAUCGGCUGACAGGCAGCCGUCGACCUCAGCAGCACCUCCAGGCAAAAAACAAAAGCAGUCCGCUGGUGGUGGACUUUACGGCCCACUUUAUAUGAUUUGUGAUGAGUGCCCGUGAGAUGCUGUCGACAUGCGAUCUGAGCUGACUGCGUUUCCAAGCCCCAUCCAUACCCACGCUGGACGGAGAGACCAAGUUCUCACUCAAAGCAUCGCCAUCGCCACCUUUUUCGUCAAGCAACGUGAAGGUGUCGUCUACUCUGCAAAGGCUUGUUGCACCUCGUUCCAGUUGACAAGUCAUUGCCUUCCUCGAGCACUUCUUCUCACCACUGGACGGGGUCGUCUUCAUCAAGAGCAUCAGCAGAAUCAGGAGCAGAGUGAGCCUGAACUUCUUCUAGAAAUAUGGAAUCUGAAAUGACAGAAAUAUCGUCAUCGCGAGGUGCGAGUACGACUCGUGACUGUAUUGCAGUAAAAUCCGAAAUUCGAUGGCUCGGAAGAUUUUGUGAAAUUAAUUCGGACGACAUUUUUCCUGUUCGCUAGGUCCCUCAUCUGAUAUACUUAGAAACAUCAAUUUCUUGACAUAUUCAUGUAUCCACGUUUUACAAGAGGAAACGUCAGCUUUGCAACGUUUCGGAACUUUAUUAGAAGUAGUCAUGAUGCAGAU